GUAGCUAUUUAUCGUCUGGUGUUCGCGUGGCAGUUCUCUGUUGAAGAUGUUGUGUUUUGAUUACAAUGAAUGACUCAUGCUACGUCAGACGAUGGCAUUAAAAGAAGAUUAAAAAAAUAUUUGAUGUGUGAAUUAACUUGUACAUGUGCUUUUUAGUGUAACUGUUGUGUGUGCAUGGAGUAUUUUAUAUGUUAAUCUAUAAUCUUUCAAAAAUCAAUUUCUGUACAGGAUAAAAACGGCGCGUCAAUUUCCGGAUGAUGUUGACUGGUAUGUUUCUUGUGUAAACAAACAAAGAUGACACUUAGGAGUGAUGACACUAUUUCAUAAACAAAACAAUAUACUUACUUCGAAUUAACAUCUGUGUCAAAGGGGGCUGACUCCGGAAACCUUCUUUAUUGUUCUUCCUCUGACAAUAAACUUAUCAGAGUGUGCUACAGGAAAUAAUGUUUUCUCAUUGGUUAAUUAUUAAUCCAAGCAUAACAUAACUACAGAUGUGAAUGAAGCAUCUUCAAAAAAAGAUAAACAAUAAUUUCUUGGAUUAGAGUAAUCAGUUUAAUAAAAUCGGGGUCAGUAGGUAAUAUAACACCCGCAGAGAAAAACGUUCGUAAACCAGAUAAACGGAUAUACGCUUUAUUACAUUAAUUUAACAUCUGAGUUUCAUAGAGAUUGGAAGUGUGUUGUCUAUAUGUGAUAUAAUUAAAAUGAACUUGUUGGAUUGUCUGUGUUCUUACCAUUCCGUUCGGACUAAACGUGUUUUAAGUCCAGUUUCUGUGACCUCAGGGACCAAAUCUCAUCUUAAAGGUUGUGCAUAUUCUUCGUCCAAGAUGUAUAUUUCAUGCAGUAAUUUAUUAAGUGUGACUAUAGUGAUAUGUGUGAUAUUGUGUAGUUUAUUUCCAUGUUUGACGGGUUCUCCUACAAAACAAGAUCAAGCAUCUACACAAGCAUUGGAUUAUUUUAGCCGGUUCGGGUAUUUAGAAGGUCCAUCUAGUGAAACAGGUAACCUCAUGGACCCAGCAGAAUUCCCAAAAGCCAUCAGGAACUUCCAGAAAUUCGCCAAUAUUCCAGAGACUGGUGUUCUAGACCAACGUACCAAAGAACAGAUUCUGAAACCUCGUUGUGGCAACAAAGAUACUGUUGGAGACUCAGAAGAACGCAUGCGUCGUUACGUAUUGGCACCAUCAAAGUGGGACAAAAAAGACCUUACGUAUAGAAUUACAAACUACACUCCUGAUUUACCUCAAAGUACAGUAAGACGUGCAAUAACCGAAGCGUUCAAGGUAUGGGAAGGUGUAACAGACCUUCGGUUCACAGAAGUUGGAGGUGGGGAUGCUGAUAUUAUAAUACAGUUCGCCAGACUAUAUCAUCAAGAUGGUUAUCCUUUCGAUGGCAAAGGUUUAGUUUUAGCCCAUGCCUUCUUCCCAGGUACAGAUAAAGGUGGUGAUACUCAUUUUGAUGAUGACGAGACCUGGACUUUCAACUCAGAUUCUGAUGGCGUGGACUUGUUUAUGGUAGCAGCCCACGAGUUUGGUCACGCCUUAGGUCUUAGCCAUAGCAACCAACCUGGAGCUCUGAUGUACCCAUGGUACCAAGGUUACAUUCCAAACUUCCGACUUCCACAUGACGACAUCCAAGGGAUUCAAACUCUCUAUGGUGGUAAAUCUGGCGGCAUUAGACCUCCACCAGACAGACCCGUCACUCCUCGCUAUCAGCCUCAACCAUCAACACCUAGACCAAGUCAAACGACAAGGAGACCACGUGUUGACGGGACCACUAUUAAUCCUUGUGAACAUGCGUUUGAAGCAAUUGCAGUUCUUCGUCAAGAAGUUUUCCUAUUCAUGGGUCAGACAUUUUGGCGGUUAGACUCACGAGGUAUUAUCCAAGGCAAGCCCACAGAGAUUCAUUCAUUCUGGUAUGGCUUCCCUGACACAGCAGACCAUGUUGACGCAGUUUUUGAGCGGAAGAGCGACGGAAGGAUUUUAUUUUUCUUAGGCGACAAGUUUUGGACUUUCAAUGGCAACAGUCUUAUACCAGGCCAUCCUAAGACCGGAAUUCCCCUCACAGAACUAGGCCUCCCAGCAGACGUUAAGAAGAUCGAUGCAGUUUUUGUUUGGGGUUUUAACAACAGGACCUAUAUUAUUAGUGGCGACAUGUAUUGGAAGCUCAACGAGAAGAACGACUUUAUAGAACCAGACUACCCACGUGACAUGAGCAUCUGGCGGAAGGUUCCGGUUCCAUUAGAUUCCGCGUUUAAGUAUUGGGAUGGUAAAACGUAUUUUUUCAAAGGACAGUUUUAUUACCAGUUCAACGACAAGAAGAUGAGAGUGCAGAAAGGUUAUCCAAAGUUGAUAAAGAAACAUUGGUUAGGUUGUGACACUUAUGACAAAAACUCUUACAAAACAGUUGAAGCCAUCAAAUCACCGGGCGGCAGUGGUAGUGCCAAUUUACUCCCAUCAUUAACAAUAAUUUUAACACUUAUUUUGUCUGUAAGUUCAUUCUACCAUUAAUGUUUGUUAAAAUUAUAAACUUAGUGCUAUUGAAAUAACAUGAACAACAUGACAAUGCUUGGUCAACAUGCAUUUGGUUUAUAAUGGUGCUAUAUAUUGAUUUAUUCAUGCUAUUCUUUGCAUAUGUUUUUUUUUGCAAAGGAGAUAGAUACUCGAACGAGUGGUUUGGUAGGGAGCUACCAUUUGAUUUUUAUGGG